UAAGUUGUAUUCUGAGGUACAAACUCAACCAUUUGUUAUAUGUUGUUUAUAUAAUAUAUUAAAUCUUUGGGGACCAACAAACCCAUGGUAGAAUAAGUAUAUGGCUGUCCGCAUCUUCCUUCCACACAAAGCAUCUUCCUUCUUGAUCCUCAGCAUCUACCAAAUAUUCACACUUCCACUUGACAAUAUCCAACGGCUUAGCGUUCCUCUCUAUGUCCACACGACCCAUCUGACGGUCCAAAAUUCAUCUCUCUCUUCCCUCCUUUAUAUAAGCCACUGAAACCUACCACCUCUUUACUUAUACAAAAGGCAAUAAUCAAUAAUCAAGAAAGGGAGAAGACAUGGAAACUUUGGAUUCUCCAUUAGAGGCGUUGGCUUUCCAGUACGCUAGCUUCGGUGUUCUCGCCGUCGUCAACAACGUCUGGACAUGGAUAGCUGUCGUGACGGCUGCUGUCAGCUUCUGGAGGAUGAAAGUCACUACCAUCGGAGACAACGGCGGUCAUGGAUGUAGCUUGUUGGAGGAUGUAACCACCUCGAAAUCUGAGCAAGAAGCCGAUCAUCAAGAACCGCAAGAAAUGGCGGAUCCGGUGGAGGAAGCGGCAGCGCCUCUAGUGAACGAAACGAAGGUUUGGGAGCCGUUGAUGUGCGAUGACGGGGUGACUAAAGGGAAGCUGACGAUGUACUACGAGGUGGACGUUGACGGGGGGAGGUAUGUUGAUAGAGAGGAAGAGUUAACGGCCGUCAACUACUACGGAGGUGGGUUUGGUAAUAGCGGAGAGUGGUGGGAGAGAUGGGAGGGAGUUGUGAGGAUGAGAAACGGUGAUGACGAAUGGUACCGUUACGUGGACUUGACGGUGAUAAACGGAAGUGUCGUGAGGUUAUGGGAUGACAAACGUAACCCCCGUAACAGAAGCAGGUGUCUAGGCUAGAGGAUAUUCCUAAUUUGGAAAAUAAAAUCCUUCAAACCUUUGAUUGGUUUAAAGUGUAUUUUUGGUCGAUUAUAAUUUGUACAUAAUUUUCCGCCACGAGACCAGGAAUACUCGAGAUAUAGAAAAGAAAAUCAAAUAUUAAAUGUUGAUUCCGCAGUGUUUUUUUUUUUUGCUAAAAUGCUUCCGUAGUGCUGUUACUAGUUACUCGAGCGCUUGUUAUGCCCACAAAAACUUGACUACACGCAUAUACUCAUAUACGCUGGCC